GGUUCUGUUACACAGACACUCCGCUGAGCAAACGUUCGAGAUCGUCGUCGGGACUCCGUCGUACGCCAUAGAAGGCCUGCUGAUUGCUGUCAGCGUCGAAAGGGGCUGACGCGUUCCCAGCGUGCGGCCCGGCUUGGCCGUAUGUCGUCCGUCGGUAUAUCAUCAGCGUCCUAGGGCGGAACAUCGGCGUCCGCUCUGCAUUUCUUGUCCCCCUUCUUCCCCCUCAACACAGAAAACUUCUCUGAGUUAUGACCUCGUUCAAGCCCAUCAAAUCAGCCGUGCUCGGUGUCGGGCUUGGCGGAAUGACAUUCCACAUCCCGUUUGUUCUUGCGCUGCCCCAGUAUUUUACACUCCACGCUGUUCUCGAGCGCAACCCCGCCUCCCCUGGGGGCAAGCUCGGCGCACGAUUCGGCGCUGAGAAGGCAAAGAAUGUCAAGAUUUACCACAGCUACGACGAGGUGUUGAGCGACCCGGAGGUCGAGCUUGUUUUUAUCAGCACCCCAAGCGAGACGCACUACGCGCUCGCAAAGCUAGCGCUGGAGGCUGGGAAACAUGUCCUCGUUGACAAGCCCGUCACUGCAACUGCUCAAGAAGCAUAUGAACUCGGUGACCUCGCGAAGGCGAAGGGUGUCGUUCUGUACCCGUUCCAGAACAGGCGCUGGGACUCGGAUUUCCUGACCCUCCGCAAGCUCCUGGACCUCCCACCGUCAGACCCGAAGUCGCUGGGGACGCUCGUUGAAUUUGAAUCCAGAUUUGACCGUUAUCGCGCGACGCUAAAGGGCACAUGGAAGGAUCUACCAAUCCCUGCGAACGGCCUGACGUACGACCUGGGCGCCCACACUAUCGACCAGUCUCUGGUGCUGUUCGGGCGCCCGAAGGCGGUUACUGCGAUGAUUGAAAACAUCCGAGGACUCGGGCACAAGGAGGUGGAUGACUGCUUCACGAUCUUCCUGCACUAUCCGCCUCGGAAGGCGGAGAAUGGUCUCCAGCCCACGUCCUUCACGGUCAUCCUCCGGGGUCACAUUCUCUCUGUCCGUUCACAGCAGGUGCGGUACGUUGUCCGUGGGCUCCAAGGAACGUACACCAAGUUCGGCGUGGACGUCCAAGAGGACCAGCUGAAGGUCAUCCCGGAUCCCGCACAAAUCGCCGCAUCCGAGUCCUACGGUGUGGAGCCAGAGAGCCUCUGGGGAACGUUGGAGAACCUCACGACAGGCGACAAGAUCGUGAAGUCUACAUGGCCGUCGACUGAGCGGGGAAAUUACGCGGGGCUCUUCGAGGAUCUCGCGAAGACCAUCCGCGAGGGAAAAGAACAGGCAGUGAAGUGGGCGGAGUCGGCGGAAGUUAUUGAGAUCAUCGAGCUUGCAUACGAGAGCACGCGCGAGGGACGCACGAUCACUGUGCCUCCUCGGCCGUGAGGUUGUGAGGCAGCCUGCACUCUGAUGACACGUCCUGUCAACGGCAGCGAACAUAAAGAGGAGAAGUAAAUGACCCAACUGUACUA